AUGUCUACAAACGAGGCGGGAGAACCAAACGGCAGAGAUCCAAUAAAUACCCAGGGCGAGACAGAUGUCGGUGAUAAUGCGCCAGGCUCUGAAGGCACAGAGACGGGACUGGGCGUUGAUGAUAUUCUACUCCCUCGAAGCGUUAUAAUGCGGCUGGCAAAGGACAUGCUGCCACCCGGUACUGGAGUCCAGCGUGACGCAGUCACGGCCAUACUAAAAGCUGCAACAGUAUUUGUCUCGUACAUAUCUUCACAUGCAAAUGACAUGACGGACAAGAAGACGUUGACACCACAGGAUGUGCUUGCGGCAUUAACAGAGGUCGAGCUCGGUGACUUCCGGCCACAUCUAGAGCAACAGCUCAAGGCCUACACGGCUCUCAUGAACAAUAAACGCGAGUCAAAGAAGAAAGGAAAGCCAGGCAAGGAUGGCGGCGGCGGACAGGACGAUGACCAGCCGGGAAGCAAGCGCCUCAAGCGAGACGGCGACGACAAGAAGACAGCGGCACCAGGCGCUGGCACGUCGUCCACGGCCGGUGCAACAGCACGGGAAACCGGUAGCCGGAACCCAGGGGAGGCGCUGGAUGACGACGAUGACACGGAGCCGAUGGACGACACCAACCUCAGCAACGAGGAGGACGAGGAGGAGGACGAGCUGGCCGAGGACGAGACAGAGUCCCAGGGCGAGCAGGACGAAGACACGAUGGACCGGAUAGAGGACAGCGACUCGGCGCAGCGACGGGCAGCCGCCGCAGGGGACUCUGGCGACAGCGACAGCGACUGA